CACCCGGAAGCGCUAAGUUCAACAUCAAAAAUCUAAACAAAAAAAAUAUUUAAUUAAAUGAAUUUAAGAUGCCAAAGCAAGCGCCAGCCAUUGGGAUCGACCUGGGGACGACCUACUCGUGUGUGGGGGUGUUCCAACACGGCAAGGUGGAGAUCAUCGCCAACGACCAGGGCAACAGGACCACGCCCAGCUACGUGGCCUUCACCGACACGGAGCGUCUGGUGGGGGACGCCGCCAAGAACCAGGUGGCCAUGAACCCCACCAACACCAUCUACGACGCCAAACGUCUCAUCGGCCGCAAGUUCACGGAUAAAACGGUGCAGGGUGACAUGAAACUUUGGCCUUUCAAGGUCGUGGAGUCUGAAGGUCGGCCGAAGAUUGAAGCGGAAUACAAAGGCGAGAGGAAGCUCUUCGCUCCGGAGGAGAUCAGCUCGAUGGUGCUGACCAAGAUGAGGGAGACGGCCGAGGCGUUCCUGGGGCAGCGAGUGUCGGAUGCCGUCAUCACGGUGCCGGCCUAUUUCAACGACUCACAGAGGCAGGCGACCAAGGACGCUGGCGCCAUUGCCGGUCUGAACGUGCUGAGGAUCAUCAACGAACCAACCGCGGCAGCGCUGGCGUAUGGGCUCGACAAGGGCAUGAAAGGGGAGAGAAAUGUCUUAAUCUUCGACCUGGGUGGCGGCACUUUUGAUGUCAGCAUUUUAACCAUCGAUGAGGGCUCGUUGUUUGAGGUGAAAGCGACAUCUGGCGACACCCACCUGGGAGGGGAGGACUUUGACAGCCGUCUGGUCAGCCAUUUUGUACAGGAGUUUAAGAGGAAGCACAACAAGGACAUGAGCGGCAGCGCCAGAGCCAUCCGCCGUCUGCGGACAUCCUGCGAGCGCGCCAAAAGAACUCUGUCCAGCAGCACUGAAGCCUCCAUCGAAGUCGAUUCUCUCUUUGAAAGAAUCGACUUCUACACAAAAAUAUCGCGAGCCAGAUUCGAAGAGCUGUGUAUCGAUCUAUUCCGAUCAACGAUCCAGCCGGUGGAGACGGCCCUAAAAGUCGCCAAGCUGGACAAAAGCAAGAUCCACGAGGUGGUGCUGGUGGGGGGCUCCACCAGGAUCCCCAAGGUGCAGAAACUUCUCUCGGAUUUCUUCAACGACAAGGAGCUCAACAAGUCCAUCAACCCGGACGAGGCCGUGGCCUACGGGGCGGCCGUGCAGGCGGCCGUGCUGACUGGCGACCAGAGCCAGGCCAUCAGGGACGUUCUCCUGGUGGACGUGGCGCCCCUCUCCCUGGGGAUCGAGACCCACGGCUCAGUCAUGUCCGUGCUGGUCAAGCGAGGCACAACGAUCCCCACCAAAACGUCACAGCUCUUCUCGACCUACGCAGACAACCAACCCGGCGUUGAUAUCCUGGUCUUCGAGGGCGAGCGCUCAAUGACCAAAGACAACAACCUUUUGGGGACGUUUCAGCUGAUGGGGAUUCCCCCCGCGCCCCGGGGGGUGCCUCAGAUCGAGGUGACAUUUGAUAUCGACGCCGAUGGCAUCCUGAACGUGACCGCCCUGGACAAGACCACGGGCAAGUCUAACAACAUCCAGAUCAAGAACGAGAGGGGGAGGCUGACGCAGGCGCAGAUCGACAAAAUGGUGGCCGAUGCUGAACGCUACAAGGCUGAGGACGAGAAACAACGCGAGCGGGUCGAGGCCAAAAACCGCUUUGAGAAUUAUAUUUUUAGUGUCAAGCAAGCUGUGGAAACUGUGGGGGAGAAACUGUCAAAAUCGGAUCGCAACACGGCCUUGACCGCAUGUAAGGACGCCCUGGAUUGGAUGAACGCCAACACGCUGGCCGAGAAAGAGGAGUUUGAAGACAGGCUCAAGCACCUGCAGAAGAUCUGCUCACCCAUCAUGACCAAGCUCCACCCGUGCUCACAGAGUGGUUGCUCAAAGCAAGGCGGGCCCACGGUAGAAGAAGUGGAUUGAUGGAGCACACGAUACGUCAUUUAGCCGUCUAUACACCACUCCACACAAUACGUCAUUUAGCCGUCCACACGAUACGUCAUUUAGCCGUCCAUACACCACUCCACACAAUAUGUCAUUUAGCCGUCCACACAAUACGUCAUUUAGCCGUCCACACAAUACGUCAUUUAGCCGUCCACACAAUACGUCAUUUAGCCGUCCAUACAUCACGUCAAAUUAGCGUUUCAUAUAACCCGUCAUUUUGGCCGUCCAUAUACAAAUGUCAUUUUAGCCGUCCACAAACCUCAUUCAGCCGCCCGCACCCCGUUUUGACCGUCCAUAACCACAUUUUAGCUGUCCAAAUACCACAUUUUGCCGUUUAUUCACCAUUUCAACUCACGUACAACAAUUAUAUAUUAACAAACAAUGGUCGUGAAUCUUUAGCCCCCCCCCCCCCCCCCCCACUUCACAAUCUCGUUAUGGCACCAAACACGCAGUGUGCUGUCACGUGCAAGCUAUUUUUAGCUGCAGGAAUUAAGAUGACAAAGCCUCCUAAAGCCCUAAAAAUGAUACAUAGUUAAGUUAGAAUUCUCCUCAGUCCUUAAUGCCACGACUGCUCAUGCCUGAGAAUUUGAACUAUUUUAAACAAAAGCACAUUAUCCCCAAGCCUACAUUAGACUACAAUAGUUGAGCGAUACUUACGCCUACAGCUACAAUAAAAAAAAAUGUUCUUGUACAUAAAUCACCAUCAAAUCUAGAAUGAGCACGUAGAAUAUUUGGCUCACCUAAAUUCAGCUACUGAACGCUACCGAAGCGUUCUCUUUUUUAUUCUAAUUUUUUUUAAUGUCGCAGUGAUUAAUGAUAAAUAGCAAAAAAUUAUAAAACAUUUGA